ACUCCUUCAAUUCUCUUUCCUCUCUCUUUUAUCUUCUCCGCUAUUUCGCGCUUCAAAUUUUCUGAGAUUUUCUUCUUCGGAACUAUGCGAAUUGCUUCACUUUCUACACACUAAAUGCAUGUGAUCUGGCAUGAGUUGACGAUUGAUCACAUCGAUCGGUAGGUGAAUAUUUCAAACGUCGGUUGAUUGAUGCGCUGUCGUUUGAGAAUCAUUUGAUGGAUCCGAUCUGGACGCAGAAUGACGUCCCUUCCGCUUCGCAUUUCUUCCUCGCUAUCUACUUCGCUUUUGCGUUCGUUGCUGCAAGGUUCAUUCUCGACAGAUUCAUCUUUCGCAGGCUUGCGAUCUGGUUGUUGAGUGGAGGUAGCAAUCACCUCAAACUUAAUGAGGAGACGAGGGCAAAAAUAGCAAAAUGUUCAGAGUCAAUGUGGAAGCUUACAUACUAUGGUACUGCUGAGUUUUGCAUCUUGACAAAUAUCUACCCAGAACCAUGGUUUAGUGAUAUAGAGGCAUACUUCACAGGAUGGCCUGAUCAAGAAUUGAAGCUUCCCGUAAAACUUUUCUACAUGUGCCAAUGUGGGUUUUACGGCUAUAGCAUUGCGGCCCUGCUUACCUGGGAAACGCGGCGGAAGGAUUUCUCUGUUAUGAUGUCACAUCAUAUUGUCACUGUGAUCCUAAUAUCUUUAUCAUACAUUACGAGAUUCUUUCGGAUAGGAGCAGUAGUUCUUGCAUUGCAUGAUGCUAGUGAUGUGUUCCUCGAAGCUGCUAAAGUUUUCAAAUACUCUGGGAAAGAGGUGGGAGCUAGUGUGUGCUUUGGUUUGUUUGCCGUAUCAUGGCUUGUACUACGGCUCAUAAUCUUUCCAUUUUGGAUCAUAAGGUCGUCAAGUUUCUACUCAUGCGCAGUCUUGAUCUUGUCAGACACAUACUUGGCUACCUUAUACUACCUCUACAACACAAUGUUACUGACCCUGCUUGUUUUUCACAUUUACUGGUGGAUUCUCAUUUCCUCGAUGAUCACAAGACAGCUCAAAAAUAGAGGAAAAGUUGGGGAAGAUAUUCGAUCAGAUUCUGACGAUGAUUAGUUGGAAACCACACUAUUUGGAGAAGUACGUUUAGCCCGCUCGCGAAGUAUCUUUGGACACUGCAAGGUGUUGUAGGUUUGUCUGCCAAAUGUUAGUUGAUUUUUGCAUUGUUGUAAAAGGAAGAAAUAAUUAGAUAUUUGUAGCACUCAUGUUUCGAAGGAAUGUCAGGUGUACAAUUUGUAGGUGCUUUGCUUGUAUAACUUUUAUUGCUAUUAGCUUCCAGGAAAUGAAAGCAUGAUUUAACCACAA